CCUAUGAGUAUACCGCAUCUUGAUCAAUGUCACCCCCUGACAACAAUUUGAAACUUAAGAAAUAGUUAUGGGAAACAUAUCCAAAGUUCUAAAUAAGAUUAGUUUUGAGUUGACCUUAGGUGACCUACAAAGCAUAAUUACUUAACAGUUUCACAAACCACAGAUGUAUGUUGGUCUAUGUGUAGUGUGUGUUGUCUGUGGAUGUCUCCAUUGACAUUUUUGGUUGUUUCAUUGACAUUGACGUUGAUCACUCUAAGUUUCUCAGAAUUCCUUUAAUUCAGCCCUACUUUACAAAGACAGCCCCAGAAAUGUUGAAUAGUGCCUAAGGGAUAGCAAUAUGUUUAACAGGCAGGACAAUCAAAAAAUGCACCUAUAAGUAUGUGGCAGUCAUUCUGCUCUUACCUGUGUUCUAUUUUAGGGCAUCUUCGGACAAGAAUGCUUAUCAAGCUGAAAAGAAAGAGAAGAAAAGGGAGCAUGAGAUAAUGUCAUGAAUUAUACUAGUUUAAAUCCUUGCACUUUCUUAUUUUUCUAGGACAAAAGAGGAUCUUAACAACCAAAAAUGACUUUCCAUUUUAUCUGGCGGUGCUUUGCACUGUUUGUUCUUCUGAGUCAACCAACCCCAACUCUUCCUGCCUCUUCAAAUCAGACCUAUCAGCCAAUGGAUCAUGACUCGUUUCUGUACAUGUUAGGACGCAAGAAGUUGCUUGAUGCCCAGUACAAAUGCUAUGAACGAAUGGAGCAGCUGCCUCCAUACCAAGGAGAAGGUCUGUACUGCAACCGCACCUGGGAUGGCUGGAUGUGUUGGGAUGACACUCCUGCUGGAUCCAUGUCCUAUCAGUUCUGCCCAGAUUACUUUCCGGACUUUGACCCAACAGAAAAAGUUACAAAAUACUGCGAUGAAAGAGGGGUUUGGUUUAAGCAUCCUGAAAACAAUCGAACCUGGUCCAACUACACUUUGUGCAAUGCUUUCACUCCUGAGAAACUGCAGAAUGCAUUUGCUCUGUACUACUUGGCUCUGGUGGGUCACUCUAUGUCCAUCUUCACUUUGGUGUUUGCUGUGUGGAUUUUUAUGUUUUUCAGGAGUCUUGCCUGUCAGAGGGUUACACUGCACAAGAACAUGUUUCUUACCUACAUUCUGAAUUCUAUAAUUAUCAUCAUCCAGCUGGUUGAAGUGGUACCCAAUGGAGAGCUGGUGCGAAGGGAUCCGGUGGCCUGCAAGAUUUUGCACUUCUUCCACCAAUACAUGAUGGCCUGCAACUACUUCUGGAUGCUCUGUGAAGGGAUUUAUCUCCAUACUCUUAUCGUGGUGGCUGUGUUCGCUGACGGUCAGCGCAUGCUCUGGUAUUACCUCCUUGGCUGGGGGUUCCCACUGGUGCCAACCAUUAUCCAUGCCGUUACUAGAGCUCUGUACUUCAAUGACAACUGCUGGCUGAGUGUGGACACCCAUCUGCUGUACAUCAUCCACGGCCCUGUCAUGGCAGCAUUGGUGGUCAAUUUCUUCUUCCUGCUGAACAUCGUUCGGGUGCUUGUGACCAAGAUGAGGCAAACUCAUCGGGCGGAGUCUUACAUGUAUCUGAAGGCUGUGAAGGCCACCAUGAUCCUGGUGCCCCUGCUUGGAAUCCAGUUCGUUGUCUUCCCCUGGAGGCCCUCCAACAAGCUUCUUGGAAAGAUAUAUGAUUACCUCAUGCACUCUCUGAUUCAUUUCCAGGGAUUCUUUGUUGCGACUAUCUACUGCUUCUGCAACAACGAGGUCCAAACCGCCUUGAAGCGCCAAUGGAACCAGUUCAAAAUCCAGUGGAGCCAGCGCUGGGGAAGCCGUCCCCCUAACCGUGCUCGUGCUCGUGCUCGUGCUCGUGCUCGUGCUGCAGCCUCCGCUGAGGCUGGCGACCUCCCUGUUUACAUCUGCCAUCACGAGAUGAGGGAGAUGGGGGCCAACAACCAUGACCAGGAGGGUGCUGAGGUCAUUGCUUUGAACAUCAUCGAGCAAGAGUCAUCCACUUGAAUGUGAAGCAGAACGCAGCAUUGUGAGACACCUGAGCCUUCAUAUCCUGGGGGGAAAAAAAAGAUAGACCCCGCAUUUACAGUGAUUCCCAUCCUCCCAGGAGCUGAGCAUAUCAUUUGUGAAGAAUUAUUAAAUGAAUUUGUCCACAGCAAAUCUGAAGAAAGUUAUUCUUGGUACUAUUGCUUUGGGAGACCGUCUAGGAAUGGAGUCUCCCACUGCAACUUGUGAACCCCAUUAUUUACCCCCAGACUGAUAAACACGUAUCACAGUAAUGCUAGCAAAGUAUCAAAAAUAAAUAAAUAAAAACAACGCACGUAAAUCAAUCUAGUUCAGAUACAGGGUGCUCCUUGUUACUCUUGAGCCAUUUCUAUCUUUGAAGAAAUCCAAACCACUUUCAAUAAUUGCUUUUUUCUUUUUAAACUCUGGAUUUUUAAUCCGACUAUUUCGGUAUUUGGAUAUGGAUCUGAAUUUUUAAUCUUUUUCUUUAAAACAAUUUUGAUGUUUCUCACUUAUUUCAACCAUCCAUACAGUGUAAUCCGCACAAAUUAUAUGGUAUCUGGAAGACAAAGUAAUUUGCAAAUUUAAGAUGACUUACAGUAUGAAGUAAAGACCUGCUUUCAGCAGAGAGAUGUAAUGCUUUGUACGAAAAAAGAUGUAAAACUGGGUUAUUGGAACUAUCCCAUGCCCAACUUGGUCUUAGACAAUCCUGUCCAUUGGGCAGGUUCUAACUGUUGUAAGGAAUUUGGUCAUAAUGUUGAAUGUGCUUUGGUUGUUGUCAUUUAUGAAGUGAGAGGUCACAAAUAAUCCAUCACCAAAAUUUUCACAAAACUGCCAAAAAUUUUUUAGUGGAAGGAAAUGCUCUUUAAAGAGUUUUCCAUUUUCCUAAAUGCUAAGGUUUAUAAAGUAAAACACACUGAGGUUUAUAAAGCAGAUUACCUCUUGUGCCCUUGGGUGCUAUCUAGCAGUAAAAGAUAAAUUUGUUUAAGACUGAUAAUUAACAGAUUCUAUAGAAGUCCAUUAACUGCUUUCCACCCAGCUUAAAAGCUUAGCAAGAUUUUAGUCGUUUCCAGGAACAUUCAGAAUGGAUAAUUAGAAAUUGAUUUGUACUUGAUCUCUUUAUUAGUAAAACAAGAGAAAAAUGCCUACAUAUUAAUUCAUGCUAAAAUAAAAGUAGAUUUUCUCAUUAAAAUUGAGUGUUACAUUUCCAGACCUCUCUUUACUUCCCAGUAUAAGAUCUUAAAAAAGAUCAGUAUCAUUACUGUCUAUGUUGAAACCCUCCAAAUCUCAUGUCUUACCCAUAUCAUCUUUAUGCUACUGACUUUCAGAAGUGAUGUAGUUGUGGAAGACAAUACAUUGAUUUGUUCUGGUUACAUGUUUAGUGUAACCAGAGAAAAUUUGAUUUCUCCAGUGAGAUGUAUUUUGGGUACUACUGCAGUUUAAGUUGUCUUUACUGAGCGCAGGGAGGAACAACAAAGAAGGCAUUUUUUCGAUCACAGUGUUACGUAGUGAUGUUCCCAUUUUUGUUUACAAACUUGGAAAACAGAGUAUUCCAGGCAGCUCUCGUACAAAUGUGAUAAUCUAUUGCUGAAAGUACUUUAAAUGUUGUUGUGUUAAUGUAGUAGUGACUGAACAGAUUCCCAUAGUUCCUCAUAGUAUUGUAAAUAGUGUCAAAAUUGUGUGAAAUUGUGUGAACUGCUUCUGCUGUGUACAUGUUUUAAUCAAUACAGAGCAUAUUAAAA